AUGCCACCAAAAGAAGGCAGGAGACAGCGGACACGCAUCACUCCAUCGCAAACCAGGAUCCUCGUUCAAAACUUCGAGAAGAACCGAUUUCCCGGCAUUGCUGCCAGGGAAGAACUGGCCAGACUAACAGGCAUCCCAGAGUCGAGAAUUCAGGUAUGGUUUCAGAACCGAAGAGCUCGGCACCCAGAGCAGACCAGGAGUGGACCCGUGAAAGCCUUGAUGCAAGGCCCCAAUGCCAGGCCUCCUCUGGCUGCUCUGCAGGACCAAAGAAUAUGCCAGGAGCACAAUGAGCACACUGGCAUGGCAGCGCUGCCCUUCCAAGACUCCCCUCAGCCUGACCCUGACAAUCCUAAGCAACAGUUGCAGGAUCUGGCUCAGCCAGGCACAUCCCACGCUAUGCAGCAGUGGGGCGAGGGCCUCAGGUUGUCACGGCCAGAGAGGAGCCUCAGGAAAGGGCAGUUCUGCAGCCUGCGCACACUGACACACACGUGUGGCAGCAGCAGGUGUUAUCGGCCAAAGAGCCCGCUCCUGCGCCAGGCCAACAGCACCAGCGCUCUGCAGAAACCUCCAGCCUCUUAG